UUCAACUCCCUCACAAGUUGUUAUCAAGAUUCGUUGGAAGGGGUGCCUCCAAAGUUAUUUAAGCAGGUCCAUGCUCAAUUUUCGAGUAGUUGGUUCGCUGUAACCAUCUCCUCCUUAUUCUUUUAGAAAACUUAACUUACAACAAAAAUGGCGGACAAGGAAAAGAAGAAGAAGCCAAAGAAGAAGGAAGAUGCGGAACCAGAAGAAAUCAAGUCACCAACUGAAUCAAAUCGUGCGAGCCGAGGCAGUAAACGAGCCAAACGAUCUGGUUCAAAUGUCUUUAGUAUGUUCACCCAAAAGCAAGUGGCCGAAUUCAAGGAGGGAUUCUCACUCAUGGAUCACGAUAAAGAUGGAAUAAUAGGAAAAAGCGAUUUACGUUUCACUUUCGAUCAAGUUGGAAAAAUUUCCAGCGAGAAAGAAUUGGAUGAGAUGCUUAGUGAAGCGUCCGGCCCACUAAACUUCACCCAGUUGUUGAAUCUCUUUGGAACCAGGAUGUCCAGUUCCGGAGGUGCCGACGACGACGACGUUGUUCUCAAAGCAUUCAAAAGCUUUGAUAACGGAAAUGGAAAAAUCGACGGAGACAAAUUCAGAAAAGCAUUAAUGACAUUUGGAGAUAAAUUCUCGCAGAAGGAAGUGAAUGAGGCUUAUGACAUGAUGUACAUAGACGAUAAGGGAAGAAUCGACACUGAGAGUCUCAUUGGCAUGAUCUUAGGAACUGGAGACGAUGAGGAAGAACAAUAAACAAAAAAAACACUUCAAUUAUGUUCGCCAUAAUUAUUUUGUAUUUCACUGAAAUUAUUAUUUAAUAAAUCUUUAUAGGUAUUAAAUUAAUCAUCAGUUGUCCCGAUCAUAUAUAUCAAUUUUAAUUAAAUACAAAAUAAUUACAAUA